CAUCAACUGUGCAAGCUCUUUGAUAACCAACGUCUCUCUCUCUCUCUCUCCACUCUCCACUAUUCUCGGAACCAAUUCUCUGCGCUAACAAUUUCUCUCAGUAAGCAUGUUAGCGAAUGGGUUUGACAAUGGAGAAAUGGAACCUUCUGAUUCUUCUAAUAACAAGAUUACGGUUGAUCCUGGGAAACCUGCGUCUCUGACUUGGCAGCGAAAAAUAAAUAGUGAGGAAAUAGUGCUUUCAGAGUUCACCCUGAGUUUGAAAGAGAAAAUAACUUUGGCUCCAGUAGGUUUUCGGCUAUUUCGUCAAAUCCUAUUAGAACGGGAUGAAGGAAAGGGUGUAUUUAUAGAUCCUUUUACGAAGCGCCAUCUCAUAUCUUGUCAAGGUGUUCCUCUAGGUGGUAUUGGAGCAGGAAGCAUUGGAAGAAGUUACAAAGGUGAAUUUUUGCGGUGGCAACUAUUCCCUAGAACAUGUGAAGAUAAACCAGUUUUAGCAAAUCAGUUUUCUGCUUUUAUUUCACGCCCAAAUGGUGAGAAGUAUUCUACUGUACUGUGCCCAGCAAGCCCAGAAGUGUUGAAAGAUAGUUCAGCUUUUGGGAUAGCAUCUUGGGACUGGAAUCUGAGUGGGCAGAAUUCUACUUACCAUGCGUUAUUUCCGAGGGCUUGGACUGAAUAUGAGGGUGAACCUGAUCCAGCACUUAGAAUAGUUUGCCGUCAGAUUUCCCCCUUCAUUCCCCAUAAUUAUGAGGAGAGCAGCUUGCCUGUAGCGGUGUUUACUUUUACGCUUUCUAAUUCAGGAAAGACUGCUGCAGGUGUCACCUUGCUUUUCACAUGGGAAAAUUCUGUUGGUGGGGUUUCUGGAUUAUCUGGUCAUCAUUCCAAUUCAAACAUCAGGAUGAAAGAUGGCGUUCAUGGUGUACUCUUGCAUCACAUGACUGCCAACGGACUAGCCCCGGUAACUUUCGCUAUUGCAGCAGAAGAAACAGAUGUUGUUCAUGUCUCCAAAUGCCCUUGCUUCAUAAUAUCUGGAAACUCCCAGGGUAUAACAGCAAAAGACAUGUGGAAUGAAAUAAAAGAGCGUGGAUCCUUUGAUCACCUCAAUUCUACCAAAAUGUCAAUGUCUUCUGAGCCAGGGUCGUCUAUCGGGGCAGCCGUUGCAGCUUCACUGACAAUCCCCUCAGCUGCAGUACAUACUGUUACAUUUUCACUGGCAUGGGACUGCCCCGAAGUAAGCUUCCCAAGUGGAAGGACUUAUCAGAGGCGUUACACCAGAUUCUGUGGAACCAGUGGAGACGCGGCUGCCAAUAUUGCACGUCAAGCCAUUCUUGAGCAUGGCCUUUGGGAGUCCCAGAUAGAGUCGUGGCAAAGACCUAUACUUGAAGACAAGAGGCUUCCCGAAUGGUACCCAGUCACGCUUUUCAAUGAGCUCUACUAUCUUAAUGCAGGGGGAACAAUUUGGACAGAUGGGUCACCUCCAGUGCAUAGUUUAUCAACCAUUGGUGGAAGAAAGUUUUCCCUUGAUAGGUCCAAUUUGGAUCUUGAAAGCAGUAUCAAUACAUCCCAUGAAAAUGAUACUGCUGUUGACAUUCUCGGUAGGAUGACUUCAUUACUUGAGGAGAUUCACGCUCCAGAAUCAGUAACUUCUGCUUUUGGAACAAAUUUGCUGCAAAAGGGAGAGGAAAACAUUGGACAAUUUCUUUAUCUAGAAGGGAUUGAAUAUCACAUGUGUAACACAUAUGAUGUUCAUUUCUAUGCAUCUUUUGCCUUAGCCAUGCUAUUCCCAAAACUUGAACUAAGUAUCCAAAGGGACUUUGCAGCAGCAGUGAUGAUGCAUGAUCCCAGUAAGAUGGCACUUCUGCAAGAUGGAAGCCUGGUGUCAAGGAAGGUGCUUGGUGCUGUUCCUCAUGAUAUUGGAAUGAAUGAUCCAUGGUUUGAAAUAAACUAUUAUAACCUGCACAAUACAGAUAGGUGGAAGGAUUUGAAUCCAAAGUUUGUUCUGCAAGUUUACAGGGAUGUGGUUGCCACAGGCGACAAAAAGUUUGCACAAGCUGUUUGGCCCUCAGUUUAUGUUGCAAUGGCUUACAUGGAACAAUUUGAUAAGGACGGGGAUGGGAUGAUAGAAAAUGAAGGUUUUCCUGAUCAGACAUAUGAUACAUGGUCUGUCUCUGGUGUUAGUGCCUAUUGUGGAGGGCUGUGGGUUGCAGCCUUGCAGGCUGCUUCAGCUAUAGCACGUGAAGUUGGUGACAAGGAUUCUGCAGAUUAUUUUUGGUUUAAAUUUCAGAAGGCAAAGAGGGUAUACGAGAAGUUGUGGAAUGGUUCCUAUUUUAACUACGACAACAGUGGUGGAAGUGCAAGUUCAUCUAUUCAAGCUGACCAGUUGGCUGGACAAUGGUAUGCCCGAGCAUGUGGUCUCUCACCCAUUGUUGAUGAAGAAAAAGCAAAAGUAGCACUCGAGAAGAUUUUUAAUUUCAAUGUCUUGAAGGUGAAGAAUGGGAGGCGGGGGGCUCUGAAUGGGAUGCUGCCCAAUGGAGAACCUGACUUGUCAAGUAUGCAGUCAAGAGAAAUAUGGACUGGUGUUACAUAUGGUGUUGCUGCAACUAUGAUUCACGAGGGCAUGGUGGAUAUGGCUUUUCAAACUGCAGGUGGAGUCUAUGAAGCUGCUUGGUCCAAAGAAGGGCUUGGCUAUUCUUUUCAAACUCCAGAAGCUUGGAGCAUGGAUGACCAAUACAGAUCUAUAGGUUACAUGCGGCCUUUGGCAAUAUGGGCAAUGCAAUGGGCAUUUUCGCAACCACAAAUUUCCAGGCAUGAGAUGGAGCCGGAAGUAAAGGAAGAUUCUUUGUUCAGGCAACACGUUGGAUUCUCAAGAGUUGCUCGUCUUCUGAAGCUGCCUGCAGAGGAAGGUUCUAGAAGUCUUUUACAAAAUAUUUAUAGCUACACCUGUAAAAAGAUGGGGCUGUGAGAAAGCUUCUACAAUAUUCCACAAAUUACAAGAUGGCUGAAUCGGUUGAUCAUUCAGAAAUAAUAGUGCAUAAAUCACUCUGCAUUUCAGAAAAUUUGAUUUAGCCGCCCUGGUUAAAUUGUAAGCCUCAUGUAUAGAUACAUAAUGACAUUACAGGCAAUGAUCCGGGCCAUUAUAUGUAAAAACAAUUUGAAAUUUGCAGAUUCCAACUUGACUCAUUUUCUUUUGGCAUUUUACUGACAGAAGUGGGACAAGGACAUUUUGAUGGCAAAAUUUCUAC